GGGAUACUUCCGAUCAGCUGAGGUUCAGCUGACGCCGCUCGGCCACCUGCAGCUACGUUUGUUUACAACCGGCCCGGAGCGUAAUAACACUGUCAGCUGUUCAAAUCGUAUUCAACUUUUUCUAAUCAGCCUUUUUAUUGGUAUCAAUUUGACAUUAAAUCUUCAGGCGAUAGCCUACUGUUAAUGAAAAACGACAGGUGUCCGUUCUGGGAUGCUGUGAAAGACCACAUGAUAAAAUGCCCAUGGGUUGAUAUUGUAUUUUAAAAAGUUUAUUGUGCUGUCGUUUGACUCUUUCAUUUUAACUGGAAACACCUCUACGAUCUGAGGAUGAAACACGUCGAUGUUCCUUUAAUUUCUAACAGCGCUUUCCAAUCGCAUCUUAGAUAAUAAUGCAGCAUCAUGAUCUGAUGAAGACAGUUAUCGUUCCCGCAGACAUUUGUUGAGGAGUUUUCCCCUUUGCGUUGAUGCAUAAUGAAGCGUUACUGUUUUUGUUUCCAUCUCAAUAAAGUUUUUCCAGUUUGAAAGAUCAUGGCGGCGCACAGGGUUUCCACACCUCUCAGAUGCGCACUGAAGUUUUUACUAACAAACUCUUUCCCGAUCUCGAGAAACAGCUGCUGUCUGUCAGCCGUUUGCACGAGAAAAGGUGAGUGUUUUCUGUUAUUUUGCGGUCAAUCUGUUUCUUUUUUCGGAAUUUCGAGAGUGUCAUAGAUUCUGUAGGUUAUUAUUCCUCAGAGGUUAACUGACUACGCCACCCAAACUGUGCCUUUGCGCCUUGUCUUUUGACGCACAAUGAAAUCAUGUUUUGAGUUGCAGGUAACAGAUCUAUUUUCUGCAUUGCUUCAAGGUUACAGUAGUCGGAGGAGCUGUAGUUCAUCCUCAUCAUCCUGCUCCCCUGACUCUCCUGUAGCAGAUGCUAAAAGACACUACGAUCACCUUGUCCAAUGUGGUGCACUGAGGGAAGAUGCUCAGCAGAGAUUUGUGACCGAGCGGCUGGCUCAGCUGCAGCAAACACUGAAGAGUUACAGCAAUGGCAUCUAUUUGAACCCAGCUCCAGCGGGGGUAAACCAAAAAGAUGACAAAAGGGAACAUCAGAAAGGAAACAAAGAGGAAGAAGCCCGGACAAAGGUAAAGAAAUCACUUCAUUUACACAAUGCUGUCAAGUAACACACCACGAAAUGCAAAUCAAGUCCCCAAUGCUGCAGAAUGUGUAUUACAGAAGCAUACUGGAGAGGUGUCUCACACUGUGGACAUAUGAAUCUUUACUGUUUAAUGUGACUUUUCAGAGUUUAUAAGUCAGGUUUAGUUUUUAAGACAAUGAAACCCUCUGAUUGAAAUGAUUCUUCGUGAUAAUCAACAUAUCCCCUGCUUUCCACAAAAAUAAAACUUACCACAUAACCCCCCAUCAACUUUCCCUGUAGAGUUUUCAAAAUGCAGGUGCGGCUCAAAAAGUUGAAUUGUCCUUGAAAACUUUUUUGUAACAAUCUUGAUAACAGCUUAUAGUCCUCAAAAAUAACCACCAUCUAAAAACAUUAGAAUACAACAACACAUCAAUUCAAAAAAGGUGUAUAACAUGCAAAUGUCAGACUUCUGGUAAUUAUGUUCAUUAACAUGCUCAGUACUUGUUUGGGCCUCCUUUCCCAUUGCAUCAAUGUGAUGUGGCAUGAAGACAAUGAGUCUGUGUCUCUGCUGGGGUGUUAUUGAGGACCGGGUUACUGUAUAAUAACAAUAAUAAUAACUUUGUUUAUAUAGCACCUUUAAAAACAGCUGUUUACAAAGUGCUUCAACAGAAGAAACAAACAAAGGAAAAUUAACGGUUGGAAAAUGAUGGUUGACGGCAUCACAUCAGGAGCACAGAGGACGGAUAAAAGAGAAAGAAAGAGAAAUAAAUAAUAAAAUAACAUAAGGUAACAUAAAAGUGAUAAUGAAAAGGGAGGGAGUAUAUUAAAACAUGAGUAAGUGGUAAAAACAGGACUAAAAAUUAUAAGAAACCGUUGAGACUAGAGAAACAGCAGGAAUAAAAAUAGUUUAAAUAGUUUAAUUGUAAGAUACGUAUGCAGAUAAAAUAAAAUAGUAUGAAUAACUAACAAGGUUAAACAAGAGGUACGAAGGCAAAACAUAAACAAAAAAAAAAAUCAUGCAUCAUGUUAAAGCAAGUCUAAAAAAGUUAGUUUUAAGAUGCGAUUUAAAAGAUGUCACUGAUUCAGCCUGCCUUACCUCCUCAGGCAAGACGUUCCAAAGUCGAGGAGCCCUGACAGAAAAGGCUCUAUCACCUUUUGUCUUACGCCUCAACUUUGGAACAGCCAGUAGGCCCCCGCCCGAGGAUCUAAGGCCGCGGGCUGGCACAUAGGCUGUCAAUAGGUCAGAUAUGUAGGUUGGGGCAAGACCUGUAAGGGCUUUAAAAGUGAUCAGUAAAAUCUUAUAAUCAAUUCGAAAACGGACAGGAAGCCAGUGGAGAGAAGCAAGGACAGGAGGGAUGUGAUGCUGUCUGCUAAAACUAGUUAGAAGCUUAGCUGCUGUGUUCUGGACCAGUUGGAGGCAGGAGAGUGAUUUAUUAGAGAUACUGGACAGAAGGGAGUUACAGUAGUCGAACCUGGAGGGGCAAGAAUGGAUUUGAUUAUGGAAAUGGACUUGAUCUGAACGAAACAUGAUUGGACUGUUUUCUUGAUGUGCUGUUCAAAGGUGAGGUUGGAGUCAGAAAUUACGCCUCGCAGAUGAUGUGACAUUGGCAGAGUGUGGACCAAGGAUGUUUUUUAUCUGGUUAAUAUUUGUGUUUGAGUAAUGAAAGAGGAUGAUUUCUGACUUUGAUUCAAACUUUGAGAGCUCCUUCAGCUCAACUGUUUUGUCGGUUCUCUGAUCUAUUUCUUGAUGAUACCCCAGAGUUUCUCUGUAGGGUCCAGAUCAGGCCAGUUGGCUGGUCAAUCAAGCACGGUAAAACAGUAAAACCAUAGUCAGUAUUAAAGUUUCUGGUCGUUCUCGACCUGUGGGCAGGUGCAGGUCCUGCUGGAAAAGGAAAUCUGUAGCUCCAUAAAGCUUCUCAGCAGAUGGAAGUGUGAUUUGCUCUAAAAUCUCUCAGGAGGCUUAAGGCUGAUUUGACUCUGAACUUGAUGAAACACAGUAGUCCUGCAUGUUUUGGAUGUUUCCCUGCUCCAACACACCUGAUUCAAAUGAUCAGCUCGUUAUUAAGCCAUUACAGAGCUUGAUAACGAGCUGAUCAUUUGAAUCAGGUGUGUUAGAGCAGGGAAACAUCCAAAACAUGCAGGACAGUGGGCCUCGAGGACUGGACUUGAGAAACACUGCAGUAGAGCAACACCAGCAGAUGACACGGCAACCCACAUCACCAUAGACUGUGGAAACUUCAUGUUGGACUUCAAACAUGUUGGAUUUUGUUUCUCUCUGAUCUGUCACCAGACUCUGGGACCUUGAGCUUUAUAUAAGAUGCAAAUUUUACUUCCAGAUUUAAUUUACUAUAGCUUUGAUCAAGAAACCUAACUCUGAUUUCCAGUCUCAGGUUUUAUCUGAGCACUGCGAUCUUCUUUGAUAGUUUGGAGUUUGUCCUAUUUCAAUGGAGAUGCAUAAUUUGAUGUCUGCAAUAAGUUGGUUUUAUAACCCCAAUUGAUUAGAGUUGGGGACUGUGUGGCUCAGCGAUAAAGAAUUUGAUGUUUGCAGAUAAUUUAAAGCCAAUAUUUAAUUUAAAAUAGCACAACAUGUUGAACUGAAAAAAAAGAGUUUCAUGAAAAAUACUGCGUGUGUUUAUUUUGGAUUUGAUGCCAGCAACAGGUUUCAAGGAAACCUGGAAAAAUCUCUGUACAGCAAGGAGAAGGCUGAAAAAUUGAUACUGGGUGGCUGUGAUCUCUGGGCCUUCAUUAAAAGUAGACAUGAUUCUACAGUGAAAAUCACUGCAUGGGCUUAAAAUUACAUCUAAAACCCAUUGCAGUUUGCUGCUGCAUCCACAUAUUCAGGUUCAAAUGUAUCCUUAUGUGAUGGUGUGAUGAUGCAUCAGUUUGUAUGGCAUUGGCAUGACCAGUUUACACAAAAAUGGAGGCACAGUUAAUGCUGCAUGAUGCAAAAUCCACUCAAAGCCUUCUCAAAAAAGACCUUGAAAAAUACAGCAAGACGAUGCUGGACUGUAUUUAGCAUGAACUAAAACAGCAUGGCCUCGUGGUUGAAGAGUAUGGAUGCUGAACAAGCCUGCCUGCAGUCCUGACUUGUCAUCUGCUGAAAACUUUCGAUGCAUCAAAGAAGACCCUAGACUGUUUAGUGGAUGAAAUCCUAUACCAAGCAAGAGCUGGACAUUUCGCUUUCAAAAUGACAGAAAACUCUGUAAACAUUUACAGAGAUGAGGUGAUUCAACAGGAAGGCAAACAUGCCCUCGUCUCAACUGUUUUAAAAACAUUCUGCUGGUAUCAAAUUUUGUUAAGGCAUAGCAUUUUUUCAGUUUCAAAAUUUGUCCCUGCACUGUUUUAAGUUCAAUAUAGGGUCUAAUAGGGUUAGGGUAACAACAGAAAUGAUAAAAUUCCCUUUUUUCAAUAUUUAUACACAGUGUCACAACUCUGAUGGUCCCUGGGUCAUGUCCUGUACAUGAUAUCUUUGUAGCAAAUAAACAUGUAUGUGUCCAAUGAGCAAAGCCCACUCAGUAUUGAUUUAUUCACGUUAAAAAUUUCCCUAACACUCCCUCGGUGUCCUUAAAAAAAGGAAUAGUCAGGUGAGACGUGAGACACCUAAAACCUCAUCCGUUUGGCAAAGCAAUUUUAUCAAAGUUUGAACUUAAAACAAAAUUUAUCAUAGAGACUAAAAGUGUUUAUAAAUUUGAGUGUUAUUGUGCAGGAAAAAUAUGACUAGAAGUAGAAAUCAUGCUCACAUUGUAUGAAAAACUAAUGUCCGGUUGUUUACGAUCGACGUGGCAGCAUGGCUUUGUUUACGGCCUUUCAUAGCGUAGCAUCUGGUCCCCCAUUCUGCCGUAGAGCUCCACUGACAUCUAACAUAUGGGGGGGACUUCAGAGUCCACUGGACUGUUCUCCAGUUGUAGCAUCCAUGGUGGCCAUGAGGCUCAGGUCAAAGGGAGGGUAGGGGUCUGGGAAGCGUAUUGUGCAUGUGAGUUUUGCACAGACCAAAUCUAGGGGGCUGUUGUUGUUUUUAGGUCAGGGGAGCUGACUGUCUACUAUUUGGUGGUGGGAGUAUUUUUUUUUUUUUUUUUUUGCUGGUUGGCUGGCACAGACACACAGAGUUAGGCAGAGAUUUUGGAAGGCAGCAGGGCAGACCUCCCGCUGGGCUCGUCCCGGCACCCCUCUCACUCUCUCACCGUCCCCAUGCAGUAAUGAGGGGAUCCCCAUUGUCUGCCCCAUUCUUGUCCUUUUUGCUUUUGAUUUGGGACUCUGACAAACACUUUGGUGUUAGGCUAUCAACACCACCAACCCCCCUCCCUCCUCGCUCCUUUUUGCACCUUAUUUCUUGCACUCUCUCUCUCUCUCUCUCUCUCACACACACACACACACAUACAAAUACACACACAUACACACUGACUGGAGUACUUAUGCAAUUAUUCUGGUUUGAAUCAGGUCAUACCACUGUCCUUUCGGUGUCUGUUCUCUCUGUGAAAGUGCCGCCAUUGUCCUCGCUAACUGACCAAGUCUGUGAGGAGAGUACACUUGACUUAAUAUUGACCCAAUGUGGCGUGGUUUUGCGGAUGGUCGGCUAACAAUGGGCCAUUGUUUGGCUGGAGCCAUCCUCUUCAAGUCAGACCUGAUCGGAGCCCUCCUGUACAUUAUGAGUCUCCAUCAGGACUGUUGGACCAGUUGAAUCUAACCCCGCAGCCCACAAUCACUCUGUCAACCCAGCUAGUGCGAGACAUGACACCUUGAGUUGUAGAUAAACAUGUUCAAAAGCAGUCGUUCCAAAGUCCAAGUGGCCCUGUCCUGCAUGUGAACUUUCCACUCAUGUGCCAGUCUACAUCCUCCAAACGGGAGGGGAGACGAGGCCACAAAGCCCAGCGAGACAGAGUGGCUGAGGGACGGCCUUGUGCUUCUCCACUCUGCCGUGGCAGAAUGGCUUCCAGCCACCACUGACAAUUACCCCGCCAUGCCAGAGGGCAGCCUGGGAAGUCAGGGAGAAGUCACACACUGUUUUGCUAGAGCAGACAGGAAAGGCUUGUUGCUCUUCCAGUGUUUCACUCCGGCUCAGGAGGAUAGGACGGGCAGGGAUGGAGGGAUGAAGAGGAGGAGGGGGGCAAGGAGAGGGAGAGGGGAUGGGUAACAAGUUUGUUUUUUCUUUUAGUUUUGAAUUGGCCAUUGUGUGCAUUUAGCAGAGUCAAGUGCUCCUUCUGUGGUGGACACCAAGUGCAGGGGACACAGAGUACGGUGUCAGUUAAAUAGUCGCUAAAUUAAAUUUUGAGAGUACAAACCUUUCUCUAUUUAGUGCUGAGUUCAUUCCAAAGCCAUUUGGCGUUGCCCUGGUUACACAGAUGGACCAUCUUCAACAACAGUGAUCUUAAACCGUACCUAAAAACACCAAUCCAAAGUCCUCUUGUUUACUGAUAUAUUACAAGUUAUCAUCUGCAUACCAAGAUUAAACUGAUGAUGAGCGUUUUCAUGGUCCACUCCAGGCUCUCUCCAAACAUAUUUGGCAUUACUCAAUAUUUCUCAGCCUGGUCACACAGAAGACGUUUUUUUUUAAGCAAAGACCUUUUGAUGAUAGGAGGCAGGCAGCACAAUGACUUCCAGCAGCACCUCAAUGAAACAGUACCGUAUCACAAUUAGCAGCGCUAAACAGGCUGCACAGACAAGUCCACUCCAUCUCGUAUGGAGCCUCAUCCAGUCCUCUCCGUUUUGUCUGACAAAUCCCCCCAUUGUUCCUCUGAUGAUGCUUUUCUUUCGUGGGAACCCCGGCUUGUCUUGUUGAUUAGAUCCCCUUUGUCUUCCUCCCCUGCAGCGGGCCAGUCUGGAGAAUGUGAAACCUCACACUGUAGUAGUGGCUUAAUGCCUCAGCAUACUGUGUUAUUAAACCACGAUUCAGUCUUAUAUGGUAAUUAAUAUAACGAAGUUUAUAUAGGUCACCAGUUAUAUGGUUUUGUUAUUGUAAUAAGGAAUUAAUCUAUGCGUUAAAAACGUAAAAACCCUUUUGAUUCAUGGGUUACUGUUGUGCAUUGUUGUUUGCCUUAACAAGCAGCUCUGAAAGGGGUUGACAUGAAACAAACAGACACAGUCAUUUCCUUAUUUCUUCUCUUUUCCAAUAAAGGAGGAACCAGCACCACCUCCACCACCCAAAGGCUUCUACAUCUAUGGAGAUGUUGGUAAGAUGCAUAACAAAAAAAUUGAAAUCACUGUGAGCUUCAUUGGCUCAGCAUGUGUGCACAUACAAGUAAUUUGACUUUGGGAAAAUGUGCUUUUUCCGUACAACUUUAAACAUUUAACAAAUAUGUACAGGGUUAUAGAAGAUAGUAGUGCAGAGCAAAGAAGUGUACUGGAUGCUGAAAAUAUAUAUUUAAUUAUUUUAUUAUUUUAAAAGAUGGGCUAAUUUACAUGAGAGAUGGACUUAUGCGUGUAAAAUUAUGCGUGUAAAUGAUUUUACACUAUCAACACUAACAAGAUUGUACAUAGAUACAUGCAGUUGAGAGGACAAUAUUUACAUGAUAAAAACGUGUGAUAGAGAAUUACUUUCUAAAAAAUGUAAUAAUUUAAAAAAAAAUCAAGCAAAGGAUUUUCUGUGGUGCUGACUAUUUACGACAGUGACACCCAGAGGGUGGGACAUUGCCUUAUAGUGGGUCUUAGUGUUACAGCAACCGGGCCAUGAGGUCAUUUAAAGCUCCAGGGAGAAGUUAUUAGCUGUCUAUGAAAAAGACUAAAAAUCAAUACCGACGCCUCUAUGCAAAAGAGACCAUCAGCAUACAUGUUACCUCUUUCAAUGUGAUUAUAUUUAAUUCUGGAACUUCUGCCAUAUGGUGUGGUUCACAUACAGUGAUUAUUGAGACACUGUCUUUCAGUGUUUCUGUCAAAUAGGUAAUAAAUGAGAUUUAGACAUAGAGUUUAUCCACAGGGGGCGCCAAAGUCACCAAAAACCAAAGUUUCUCCGGUCAGUACAAAAUUUUUAUUGAAUAUUGAAUUGCCCUUUGGGGUUAUAUAAAGUUCUUCUUCUUAAAUUAUCUAAUCUUAUCUUAAAACUCUUUAUUCCUUCAACUUUUCAAAAUAAUUUUUUUAAUUGUUUGAUUAAUAUUUCUUUUGCUGCAUUUUGCCCACCAUACAUGAUAUUUCCCUGUUUGUACAAUAAAGACAUGCUAUUAAGGCCCCUAAUGUUGGUUUCAGCUGUCGAUCUGAGUUGUGUUAUGGGCUUAGUUACUGGCUUAUGAUAUUCCAGUCACUUGUAUUUCAUGCCCCACAUCAUUUCUAAGAUGAUGACAAAGUCAGGAUGAUUGCUUCUCCCCUAACUUUUCCCCUGUUCAGGCACAGGGAAGACUAUGCUCAUGGACAUGUUUUACUCCCAUGUGGAAAACCCUCACAAAAAGAGAGUCCACUUUAACGGCUUCAUGUUGGACAUCCACAAAAGUGAGUGUUCACUUUCCUCUUAACUACAUGAACUACUUUAAAGUUGGUUUGUCUGACUUUUUUAUGGAAGUGUCUGACCCCUGGUGCUUUUGAGAUCCUAUAUUUAUCUCUGUGUUUGUCCUCUGGCCAUCCUGCUAAUUGUCUACCAUUAUGCAAACAGAAGAAAUUACAGCUUUAUUCAGUAUCGUGGUGCAUUUGGGUUUGUGAUGCAGGUGUGCUUUAAGAUGUGUGUGACGUUUGUGUGCUGCUUAAAGGGAUCCAUCGGAGGAAACAAAGCCUGCCAAAACGAAGGCUAGGGAAAAUGUUCACCUAUGACCCCAUAUCACCGGUUGCCAUGGAGAUCAGUGGUGAAACCUGCCUCCUGUGUUUUGACGAGUUUCAGGUGAGGGAGUGCAUUACAGACUGUGUGAGUGUGUGUGUGUUUUGCUGUGCAUAGAGCCUCCUUGAACAUUUGCUGGGAGUAGUUAACCAAACAAUAAGACUUCUCAGACUACAGUGUUCAGAUAUUCUGUCUUUAUAUUAACUGUAUAGAUAUGCUAAAAACCAUGGUAUCCCACACUAACCCCUCUGCAUAGUAUUUGCUAUAAAGAUAAAUAUAAUGCUGGAUGAGGGGUUCCCAAACUUUCCGCCCAGGUCCCUCAAAAUAAAGGUGCCAGAGACUUGAGCCCCCACUGCCUUUAAAGGUGGUUAAACAUUGAUAUCAGCAACAAGCAAGCUCUAACAACAGAUGAGAGCACAACAGCUAAACAACCAUGAACUGUUUUUACAGUAGUUUAGGAAAUAAAUAGUUUUUAUAUUUAGGCUGAAGCAGUGACAAGAAUAUUUAAUAAGAAGAUUCCUGUGUUUGUGAAAUUUGUGCUUACUUAAAAAUGCUAACGAUGUUUGUGCAGAAAAUUAGCUUAACAAUGUUCACAUGUUGCUGUGUUUCCGCACAGAGGGUCUGGAAACCCAUUUUAGGAAUCACUGUGCUGAAUCUCUGUCAAUUACACCACACUGACUCUGAGACAUAAGUACACUUAAAUUCUUUUAAAUACUUUUGCAGUAGAAAUAUUAGAAAUUAAAAAUGAAAGCCUCUGGAUAUAAGAGUCUGAUACACAGAAAAACUCAUUGAAGAAAAGAAAACUGUGAUAUCUUUUCUGAGUUUCCUGUCCUAGUUCUAUCUGCUUUGUAGUUGUUUCUUUACUUUUGUUGGAAGGGAAAAAAUCUGAUGAUUUUCCUUCUUCCUCUUCUUCUUCUGAGUUCAGUGCUGAAUGUUCAUUUUGUGAUCACUGUCAGUGUUCGCUCAAACUUGACACCUUUCCUAUCUGAGCAACUGGAUGAUUCUGAUACUUUAAUCUUACAAAAAUAGGACUGGGGACACCUAGUGGCCAUUUUUGAACACAGCAGAACUUCCAGUAGCAUUUCAAGCCUCCUCCUUUUACUAAUCAGCAGAGUAAUAAUGUAGUAGUACUGCAAUAUUUGUACCUGUUUUCUGGUAUGUUAUAAGGUUGAAUUUUUAUUUGUCUGUACUUUGAAACUGCAGAUCAGUCAGUCAUCAGCUUCUGCUGCUUAUUUAUGUGCGCACACUUCGUUUCCUAAGAGAUCAUGCGUUGAUUUUGUUUCAGGAUGUAACCUGCUUGAAGACACCUUUAGCCCUUAGUGGCACAGAGCAGCUCAUUAUUUUACCCUCUGGUGUCAAUGGAGAGAUCCACUUGAGCAGCUCUCUGCCUUCUCUGUAAGGUAGUUAGUCAUUCAAUCCAUAAAAAAAGACGUGCGCUUCUGUAUUUAUCAUCAGCCAAACACAUCUGUUAGCAGCACAAUGAUGCUCUUCUUACCGAUAUCAUUACAGUUAAUGCCAGCAGGUCAAAGGUCACAGAAGGUGCUCUUGCUCCCUCUAAUCACUCUCUAUGCAUCUGUGAGGAUCAAGAGCUGCUCCUUUCAUCCGCUGCGUCUUUCACGUUUGAAACUGCGGCGCUGUUUGUGCCUUCUCAUUGAUUUGUUUUGUUUGCCGUCACCGGCUUAUCUGUUUUCACUCGUCGACUGUUUCUACCGAUGAAUGGAGGGGGAAAACAAGCGGACAUGUGCGCGGUGUUUGUGAUGCAUAAACAAGAGGUUGCAAGGUUGGAAGAAGAGAGUUGGGGGUGUAUCAGUGUGUGUGUGUGUGUGUGUGUGUGUGCAUGUGUGUGUGUGUGGAGGGGGGUCUAUACCAAUCAGCAUCCUCCUCCACUCAGCCAUGCAAAUGAGGCUCUGGGUAUCAGUCGCACUCUCCUGCUUCCUUAAGUGAGUGGAGCUAGAAAGCGACUUGCGGCGGCGGCGGCGGGUCAGAUGGAUCUUAUCCUCUUAAAUGCUAAUGACAUUUCUCCAUUCUCUUCAUUAGCGCCAUGCCAUUAUCAGUAAUUUGUAGCCCCCCUCCCUCCUUUUACAGCCCCCCUAAUGAAUCCUCAGCAUUGAGAGGUCCAAGAUGGAAAAGAUGGGGAAGAGAGCAAGAGAAGGGAAGGAGAAGAGGAAGAGUGAGAAGAAAACGCUCAGCGUCAUUGUCUCAGGGCCUCGGUGAAUGUGCGGCCUCUGUGAAAUUGCUCAUAGGUUGUGUACAUAAAGAGGUGUAACAUCAAAAGAGGUUUAAUUUGGCACCCGUGGGCCUCACAGCAAACUGACAGCAGCUUGAGUAAUUGGAUGCUCAUUUAAAUAUCGGCAUUGGCGGACAGAGAUUGCACCAUUAUUUUUGUGCUCCACAAGUGCUACAUCAGUCCCCCCUCCGCCUUUCUCAUUCUGUGGGUACCCAUUCUCUCUCUUUCCACCCUGUCUCAUUCAGCAAUCAAUAUUGCCCCUCAUACUAUGCCCAUGUUGAGGGCACAUGAAUAAACAAAUCCAGGUUGUAUAAAAGGUCAUUUUUAAAUGAUUCUUUUGAAAUGAAAAUAAAAAAUCCUGCGGUCGGAGAAAAUGGGGGGCCCAUCAUAGAGACACAGGGUCUUGGCUUUCUGUUGAUUCUCAUUACACACGCGCAAUCACUCACUCCCUCACACACACACUUAUUUGAUGCCCCUAGCCACCUCUCCUUAGCAAAUCAAGGCUUUAACACAAAUGUUAAUCAAGUAUUGGCAAGGGCAGUGGGGCUAAUAUGCAAAAGCAGAAGACUCUCCAGAGUAUGAAAGGAGGCAUAUGCUGUGGGUAUGGCUGUCAGGAGGGUCUGUUAUCUACAGCAGAGGAGGUAAGAGGAGAGGGCAGAAUCAAGCACUACCUACUUCUUAAACCCUUUUAGAUCCAAAAUAUGGUACAUCCUUUGAACAACUUGAAAUGUUUACUUCCGUUCCUUCUUAAUCUUGAUAUGUGCAGAAGAUAUUUCUCUUUUUCUUUACAUAUUUUCCAGGUAUGACAUUCUUAUUUCAGGGGGAAAUAUGUGCUAUAUUGGAUUUUAAAGAUUCCUGAAUGCUAAGUAUAGCUCUUGAAAAACAAAUGAAAAACUCCCAAUUAACACUCAUGAAGGAAAUGUAACAGAGAAAUUUCAAAUACAGAACCUUGAUGGUUAUUUUUUUACAUGACACAAGGUAAUUCAAGUCCAGUUAAAAAUGGCUGUCAAAUGAUCACUUUUUAAAAAUUAGACUAAUCCUGAAUUUUACAAGGUAAACAUAAUUGAUUUCAUUUCUGAUUGCAUAUUUGAAUCCCAUCAUUUUGCAUUUGAAGCCUUUAUUCACUGUGUAAAGCACCUCAUAUCAGUGUCUUGAUUUUAUAAUGAAAUAAAUGCAGCCAUUUCCAUUCAUUCUGUUGUUAUCUUCAGUUCAGUUUCAUCCACAGGUCUGCGGUGAUUCACACACCAAAAUGUGAUGUGAUCAGCUGUUGAUAUCAGGUUAAUUAGCUGCACCUGUGAGCUAAGCCUGUAGGACAUGUCUCAUAGUUAGAAAACUUAGUCAAAUUUUAAUUCCAUUGAACACAAAGCGCAUAUUGUGUUAACAGUUUAGUCUUGAGUUAGUUUUUGAUUAAAUGGACCAAUCAGACAGGAAAUGGUGUCAUUAAUUUACUUAAUGUUGGAAGCAGGAGGCAGGAAGAUGUUGUGUUGGUUUAACAACUGUAUGCCAAAGAAACAAAAUAGAUUGAAUCCCAGCCCCCAAUUCCCACCUAAUUUUUAUCUUUAUCAAAGUAAAAAGGGUUAAAUGUGCAACUCGUAGUGAAUCCUUUGCAGUGAAAAUCUGUGCUUUCCUGCUUAUCACUGCAUGUGACACCUACCCUGCAGCACAGUCACUAGAGUACAGAAUAAACGUAUAGAGACAUCAGUGUUAAAUUCAGUCAGUUUCAUCACCAAACAUAAACACUUCACACAAGCUUUAAUGUUUUGUUUUAACCUUUAUUUAUAUUUGUUGGUAUUUGUUGCAAUUUACCCUAAAUCAAAUUAUAUAUUUAUUAAAUCAGGUGGCUAUUAACACUUGAUAAUUGUGGGUUGUUGUUUUUUUUCACACACACACACAUAUAUAUAUAUAUAUAUAUGUAUAUAUAUAUAUAUAUAUAUAUAUAUAUAUAUGUCUAUUUAUAUAUAUAUGUAUAUAUAUAUAUGUCUAUUUAUAUAUAUAUAUAUAUAUAUAUAUAUAUGUAUAUGUAUAUAUAUAUAUAUGUGUAUAUAUAUAUAUAUAUAUAUAUAUAUAUGUAUGUAUAUAUAUAUAUAUAUAUGUAUAUGUUAUGUGUGUGUAUAUAUAUAUAUAUAUAUAUAUAUAUAUUAGGGGUGGGGGAAAAAAUCAAUACAGCAUAGUAUAGCAAUAUUUUGUCUGGUUAUAUCUGGUAUCCUCUCAUUUACCGAGUUUUGAUUUUUCAAAUUAAUUGCUAAUAUGAAGUCAAAUCUAUGAUAAUGAAAAAAUAAAAUCAACUAUUUGUCCAGUAAAGUUGGCAGAGGUGGCAUCAUAGAGCAAGAGAAAGUUAGUACAACAAAUAUAGCAGCACCUGAGGAAAGACAUUAGGAAUGCAAGCAGGGCAGAAAUGAGAUGGACCUGAUGGAUCUACCAGCGUAAAUAAGACAAACAUAAAGGAAAGACAAAUGCAGAAUUUGCUAAACAGUUUAAAAAAAUGUAUAAAUUGUAAUGUAUUGUAUCGCAAUACUCACUGUAUUAAAAAUUGUUAAAAAUCGCAAUAAUAUUAUAUUGUGGCUCAAGUAUCGUGAUAAUAUCGUAUCGUGGUAUCACUGGUGAUUCCCACCCCUAAUAAAUAUAUAACACUCUGACUAUGUACCGUAAUGUUGGGACAAUUUAACACCACGUUCAAUCUCAAAACUCAUUUUUAAUUUGGACAACAUCAAAACAACAUUGAACCAUUGCCUCUUGGUAGAUUGAUGUGCAGGGUCAGAGAAUUUCCAUCUUUGUAGUGACUUCUGUCCCAGAGAUCAGCAGCAUGGUUGGUUAAAAUUUGAGAAUACAAUAACACGUUUUAACUAACUUUGGCUUUAAGCUAUCUUCUGCGAAAUGAAUCAAACUACUACAUUUAUGUUCAAUGUUGCAUUUGGUAACUUCACAAAUAAAAACAUUCACUACCAUGAACCACAGAGACUUUUGACAGAGAGUAAUGUUAUCAGAAACCUUCCAUAUUUUUUUUACAAUUAUAAAGGUACAAAAAUAAGGAUGGAAAAAGUGCUUCUCCUGCGAGCUGUCUCCCUUUAUUUUUGUCAAAAUUGUUGAUUUUAUCAGUUGUCAGCAAAAAAAGCAGCAGCAAGAAAACAGAUGUAGUCAAAACCUUGAACAGACUAAUUGAACGUUUUGAAACUGAACGUACUUUUCUUAUUAAAUCUAAGAAGAGUAAAAAAUGUUAUUGUGGGAACAGAUGGGAGAAUCUUGCCUUGUGAGCUGCCUUUUUUUUUUGUUUAUUUUGCUUAUUCUGUGUGUGCUAAGAUGGAACUAAGUCAGGUUAAUAAAUGAACAAAAGAAAUACAUUGUUUUGAUCAUUGUAACUGCAGAACCUUGAUUAGUUCAGCUUCUUUUACAAUAUAACCGUUUUAACCAGUUAAAUCAAGCAUGUUGCAUACAUUUUUCUUUGAUUUGUUACUGUGCAUCACAAGGCUACUGAUUUCUCCCAUCAAAAGUGCAAACAGAGGUGAAAGAGGAGAGAUGAGAGAGUAAGAACAAAAGCGAGAGUGCUGAAUUACUAAUAGAAAGGUCAGAGCUCUUCAUUUAUCGGCCUAGCUUCAGUGUUGUCAUCGACCUUUGUUCAUUGUGCUCUGAAUGUGAUGUAGAUGAAAAAGGCAGUGAGCAGUUGAAUUAGAUUUAGGCAUUGUAACCUGGUAGCCUUGUGUUUGUACGGCACACAUUUGCACAACUAUUAAUGCCUUUAUGUGUCUGGAGUGACCCAAGUCUGGAUUCACAUUGCUCUGUUUUUAAUAUUAUUUUCUUCCUCUGGUUUUGUCAUCCUCACGCCGGCUCUGUUGAUUAGCUCUGUACCACUGCCUUGCAUCUUAUACACGCAUGUCCUCAGCCGAAAGCUGCUUCGUGACCAUUUGAAGUCAGUUCAAGUGCUGUAAGUGUGUGUGUAUGGGUGUGUGUGUGAAUGUGUGCUCACGUGUAUGUGGAUGGAGUGUGAGUGGCCAUGACCAGACACAAAGGAGUGAAUGAGCACACCUGAAUGACACUAAUCAACAUGGAGUGUUGAUGGCAUGGUUUGACCUCGGGUGCGCACACACACACACACACGCACACAGAUGUGCAUUUGGGGGGUGUGAGAAGGUAAAUUAUAUGGUACAUGAAUAUCUCGCCUCUUGUCCUGUCGUUCUAUUGCAUUAGGUGACUGACAUUGCUGACGCCAUGAUCCUCAAGCAGCUGUUUGAGACGCUGUUCAAGACCGGAGUGGUGGUGGUGGCCACCUCCAACAGACCCCCAGAUGGUACGAGAAAAGCAAUGACUGCACACAAAUGAGUCGUAUUGAUCUGUGUUUUGAUCAAGAUAAUAUUAAUAUGAUGUAUGGUUGUUGUAAAAGACAAAGUUUAGCAAAAGGUGGAAAGGUUGGUCAACACUAUAGAGGCAUUCACUCUUUUGUCUAAAUUUCCACUGUGCACUAGGGAUGGGCAAUAUGGGCUAAAAAAAAUUACCACAAUAAGAUUUGUCAAUCUGACGAUAACAGUAAAAGUCUUGAAAAAAAUAUUAUAAUUCCAAUCUAUAUUUUUGUCUCAUUUAGUCUUGAGAACACCAGUUGGAAUAGUCAAAUAAGAUACUUAACCUUAAGUUUGACUGGUAGGUUAUGGAGAAAACUAAUGACAUCAAACAAGUCUCUAAUAUGAAAACAUUUUCAACAUUUGUUGAAAACUCUUAUUGCACAGAGUGAACAGAAGCAGAUCCACUGUCUGAUAUCAGACAUACCUGGUUUCACUCAUCUAAGCCCCAUUCUUGAUGGAAAUCCCUCAUGAGGAGCUUCAUUCAGUAACGAGCUGCUCAGAAACGUCUUCUUCAUCACUUUCGGCCAUGUUUGUUUGUUUUUCUGCUCUGUAUGGGCGAUGGUUAUGUGCCCAUAGCUUGUGCUUACGUCAUUAACUUGCAUUUAUCUUAUUUAUCAUGAGAUGACAAAUAUUUAUCAUGGAGGAUUUUUCUGACGAUAUAUCAUGAAUGGUAAUGUAUCGCCCAUCCCUACUGUGCACUUUGUGGAUAAACACUGACAAGCCAUUUUCUGAUCUUUGAUCUGUAGUACAGGCUCAGAUUUUGCUCAAAACACCAAGUAACUUGAUAUCAUUUUCAGUUAUCUGCUGUAUCUGCUCUUGUCCUACCCCUUUUGGAAACUCCAGGUACUACACCAAAGUACAAAAUUAUUGAUGAGUUGCACACAAUCCCUGUAAAUGCAAAUCAGAUUUAAAUAAUUGACUUACUUCAUCUUAACCUUUCUUUUUUUGAGCCUCCAGCCUCAAAACUACAGACCCACAAAUCCCAGCAAGACAUUUAAAACAGCAGCUCUGUGAAUAUUCAGGGAAUUCAGCAUGGUAUGUUGAUGAUGAGGUUUUUCAAAAUGUGUCUACCCCGUGCCCCGUUUUACUUUUUCGGCCGAGCAUGAAAGAAUGCAAGGAAUUCUAGCUUUUAUUGAAAACUCAGCUCAGAAGGAAUGAGAAGUUAAAAGGCUAACAGGAAAAUUUUAUCCAGCAAGGUCUUAGCCCUGAAGGUUCAUAUAACCAUUCAGCGAACAGAGCACCGUCAGCCUACAGCUACAAUAACAAGUGAUAUAUCCAGAGCUUCAAUACUUGCUUCUCCUCCCCUAAAAUCACCAGUUUCUCUACAUUAAUCUGCAUUAUUCAGUUCUGUAUUCAAAAGUGCUCUGCUCCUGCAAGAAUCAAUGGAGCUUUACAAAAUCACACCCUAACAGCAAUUAGCACAGCUCUUACUGACACAAUUCAACACCUUGUGGCUUUGAUGUUGCAUUUACUGCCAGCUGAGUAUGGUUGGAUAAGUAAUAGUAAGACACUGAUCAGGCUGAUGAUAAAUGCAUGAUGUGCUGUCUAUCAUCUUUACUAGACUUGGGGGAGAUGCUAAUGUCUCAAAGUCUUAAGUGGGUAAAGUGGAUGGCAGUAAGGUGGCUUUCAAAGACAAAGGCGCACCCCUCUGAUAUUUACUAGCUAUUAAGAACAAAGCUGGAAAGCAUAAAAACUUGAGAGAGCGCCUACUUGGUAUUAAUUACAUGGUUAAUGGAACACUGACAGCCAUAAGAGACAACUGGACAUGAAAGGCAUACAUUUUCUAUCUUUAUUGAUGUGGAGAUGCUGGUAUCAAAAAGCCCUAGAUGUGUUUUGAAGGGUAUUCAGAGGGAUUUUUUUCCUCGACUGGCUAAAGUGGCAUUUUGUCUGUUUUAAACACUGAUGGAGUGUGUUGAGUUUAAAGAGGAUAAGGAGGAUAAAUUAUAUCAUGGAGUGAAAACCUCACAGGUUACAUUAGUGAACUCAAGCCCAAUUUUCUGUACUGUGGCUUCAGUUAUAUAACCCUGGGAAUAAAUAACAGAAUAUCAAGGGAAAUUGUCCAUUUUAGCAAAUAUUUGCUUUCUUGUUUUGAGUUAGAUGGGGAAACUUAUAUUCUUAGAGGGAUAUUCCAGCGUAAAAUUAAGUUGGGGUCAAACACAUUGUAACACCAAGUUAGACACCCCCUCCAGAGAUGAAUGUUGCCGACUGCUUGCUUCUCUAGUUACACCAACUAUAGUAACAACUGCACGAUAGCAAUACACAGCGGUCUACGUCUCCACGCACAAACUUCAACCAAAAAGCCACUCUGUAGUCACAAAUAAUGCUCAAAACAGCCAUAGUAUUAGCCACCAAACAUCUUUUUAGCUUUGCCUGGUUUCUUAAGCAAAAUGACUAAACACAACUCACCCACUCUCCUCCUGUAGUCAUUUGUUCUUGUGGGGGAGCCCUGACGAGUCGAUCACAGAGUGCAGUGGAUCAUUUCCUUGAAGUAAUAAUCAUCAUAAUAAUCAUUUUGCACUGCAGAUGCGGUAGUUUCUUCUGCCUUAGCUUGCAUUUCCAUGCAGUAAUAAUCAUAAAUGUUCCUCCUUGAGCUGCGUAACUCUGCUGCACUUGGUGAUCAACUCGUCAGGGCUCCCCCACAAACAAGCGACUACAGGAGGAGAGUAGGUGAGUUGUGUUUGGUCUCUUUGCCAAAGAAAUUAGGCAAAGCUAAAAAGAUGUAUGAUGGCUAGUACUAUGGCUGGGACCCUAUAUGUACUGUUGAUGAAGUUAGGUGCUGUUUUGAGCAUUAUUUGUGGCUACAGAGUGGCUUUUUGGUUGAAGUUUGUGCGUGGAGAUGUAGACUGCUGUAUAUUGCUAUCGUGCAGUUGUUACUAUAGUUGGUGUAACUAGAGAAGCAGACGGUCGGCAACAUUCAUCUCUCAAGGUGUCUAACUUGGUGUUACGGUGUGUUUGACCCUAACUUAAUAUUACAUCAGAAUAUCCCUUUAAUCUGAUUAAGAAUAAAUGUUAGGCUGCUUAGUUUGACCCACUUCAGAAUCAAAAAGAGUUACACCACUACUUUGACUCAAAGGCAAAAAUCCUCCCAUGAAACACCUUUGAAAUUAAUUGAUUGAUAAGAAAAUUCAAGUUUGUUUGUCGCUCAAAGUUUUAAGUGUUUAAUUAAAAAUAACAAUUGCUAUAUAUUUUUUAGAAAGCUACGUUAGCAGUUGGUUGAUUUAACUCAACACAAACCAAAAAGAGGAGCGCUGCUCACUUCAAAAGCUAAAUACUAAACAAGAGACAGCUAUUUUGAUUGUUUUCUUAAGAAAGACAAGUGGAUAAAGAGAUGUAAUCAAUGUCAUUUUACAGAAAACUAGCUGGUUAGCCAAGCCCAAACACAAACUGAAAACAGGAAAAUUUCUACUUUGGCACAAAGGCAGUAAACCCACCCAUGUAACACUUUUAAAAGUAACUGACUGACAAGUAGACUGAAGUUUAUGUUGUGUUUUAGAGGUGCUUGUAAACCUUGUGUACCCUGGACUAAUCCAGACCAACUCUUUCCAUAGUUUGAAGUCUUUGUGCUGAGCUCAGCUAAACUGCCCCUCUUUUGUUUCAGGCUUUGUGUUAUCACAGUUUCCUGAAAGAAAAUCAAACAAAGUAAAAAAAAAGAUUUCUUUGGCCACAGGGAUAGUAAUAUUGCAAACACAUCACAGUGCGUCACGGUAUAGAAGUUAUACAGCAAGUGUUAUUUGUCUGUCAGGUGCUACUGUCGUUAGCUUGAGCCCAAACAUCAACAACAGCCACUUGUUUGCAUUUGCAGCUGGAGAGAGCUUAAGCCUCUGUGUGUGUCUGUGUCUGUCUUUGUCUAUGUUUGUGUGUCGUCCCUAUCUGUUUUAUCUGUCUAUCAUGGAUGCUACUUCAGAUGUAAUUUGUUCCAGCCGAGCUAAUUGAAACCCCUAUUCAGCAAGCUGCUGUGGACAUUGUCCGUGCUGAAAAGGCGACAGUCCUUUCUCUCGCCACUAUUGUUUGGGAAUGUAAUGAAUUUUAUGUUGCUGCCGCUGCCGGUAGAGAAAUCCAUUUUUAUCCCUUGGUCCCAGUCCUUUUGUCGUGCCUCCCCACCCAUCCUUCAGUUCAUCAAUAGCCACUUUAUCUGCCAAUCUGCGGCGGGGGAAUGACAUUAUUAGGAGCUAAACAGCACCUCUAAUACAGGCCCUCCCCUCCUCUUUCAGAUCUGUACAAAAACGGACUUCAGAGGGACACCUUUCUACCUUUCAUCGACAUGCUGAAGGUAGAGACAAAGUCAUCCCUCUCUCUUGUUUUGUUAAUUUAUUCAUUUGUUUACCACACACAUAAACACACCUUCACACAUUUGCAUGUGCGCCUCUGCGCGUCUCUGUGUGUCUCUUUUGCGAGUUGCUCUUUAGCGGUUUGAUGUUCUGUGCUUCCUGGAUGCCUCGCGCCGUGUCACAAAGCUGUCUUUGAUCAUACUAGGGCACGCUGAAAGACUCGCACAGAGAGCGAGAGAAAAGUAGAGGGAAAUGGAAGGGAAUCAGUGAGCAAAGGUAAUGUGAGUGAGAGACGGGCAGACGAGCUGAGGGACUGACCCAGACUGCUUGCAUUUCAAAAGUAAACAGGGGGGAGAGGUAAGGUGAAGAGAGGCAAUGUGAUGGUUAGCAUUUCCAACAACAAAAAAAUCUCUUUUGCAAAUUAAUCAGGGAGUACCAUUAUCCUUCCUGCAUCUCAGAUGAUCACUGAUGUGUUUGGAGUGAUCAUGAUCAUAAAUAAUUGCAUCAUAAUUUGUUGUCAUGCAUUUUACAACAGAGGAGGGCAGCAUUCUUGCAUCUUUUAUUGGCAUUUUCUCCUCAUAGACAAGAUAAGUACGACCAGCUGCAGUGCUUUGGAGCACAAAUGAGCUACUUUUUAUUAUUCACUUGACAGUAAAGGUAAAGACAAACUGAGUUUAAUUGCACAGAUACUAGCCUGAUUCUGUAUAUAUGUCACUGGUAUACUACAAGCAGGCAAAAUAUUCAGAUUUGGUAUAUAUAGGCCCGUGAAGUAUUGGACUCUUAUGCACUGAUUGAAUUGAUAUCAUUUGUGUGGUCAGGUUGUCCUAAACAUCUCUGUUAAUUGUUGUUAUGGGCUUAUGACCAAUCAGGAUCAAGUAUUAAAUGCAGCAAAGUAACAAAUGGGUGAAAUAGCAGUCUGUAAAUGUAGACAUAGAUUGUGAUGGUUUGUGACAAUAAAAGGAAGGCAACGUUCAAGGAUGAUAUCCAAAUGUACCCCAAUCAGGUUCUGAAAGAAACUGAAUCACCAUUAUUGUUACAGAUUGAUCACAAACUUCAACUUUUAUUGGUGCGAGAGAAAAAGCAGUGUAUCACACAAUGUUUAUUUCUUAUCUUAAAAUACUUAAAUAUUUUAUUUUGAGUCAAACAGUAAGAAUACCACACAUCUUUUGGUCUAGUUCUGUACACGCAGCUGUAUUUAUGAGGGAAACUGCUGACUUACAGUCCCACUCAAAUUUUUUUUUUUUUACUACUUAAAGUGUUCUCAGUUGUCUUUAAUUUGUGAUUACGAUGUUUUUAGCCAAAAUCACUUUACCUGUGUCAAUUUUAAGAGCUUUUCUUCGGCAGAGCUCCAGUAGCUCAUCAGCAAUUAUUUUUUGAGUCAUGGGCAGAGACAGCAUUGCUCUGCACACUCCUCUUCAUGCUAGCUUGCAGCCUAACAUUGUCGUUGUAGUAGAAGUGGCAGGUAACAUAGGAGCUAUUCAGCUCUCUAACGCUAAUGUCUUUAGGGACAUGAUGAAAGUUAAGAUCAUAAUUAGCUUUCUUACAAGCAUUGCAAUGUGCUAACACACACGUUUGUCUGCGAUCAUCCACUCUACUUCUCAGAGUCUGCAUAGUGGGACUCGGGGGGCGGAGCUUUGAUUAGCUUGGAAGGUGAACUGAGAGGCACUGAAGGUGUUUUGAGUUAAGUAUCGAGUUUUUCUGCAGCCUUGGAUGAUUGAAGCUGCCAAGUCAUCUGCUGCUGUGGUCCACUGUGUUUUUAUCAAGUCCAAGCCUCUGAGUCCACUUGAGCCCUUCAUCUACCAACAAGCUUUAUGGAGAUGCUGAUGUCCUUUUCCUGCAGAUCUUAGCACCUGCCCACAGCACCAAAACUACUAUUAAAUUGCUUACUGACCAUGAGAUCACAGUGCUUGAUUUGAUUUGAAGUACAUAAUGCAUGAAAUAGAGCAAAGGGACAUCCACCAGCAUGUGGCAUCAGUUUGAUUUGUUUUGUAACAGAGACUGUUUUUCACUCUACAGUAUAGUUUUAGCUCUUAGACAUAAUGAUGAGUUGUUUGCUAUCAUUUUUUUUGACUUCAUUACGAAAAUCUGCGCUUUACUAUUGCUUCUUAUACAAACUAAGAUACACACUUGGAAACACAUACAAAUGGAAAGGUACCACAACCAGGGAGGCCCUCAGAGUCACCCACUCUUCACGCAGCACCCUUGCCCUCCCUAAUCCACCCUCAUCAGGGUCCUGAAUGCCUGUUGUCCCCCUCUGCUCUGCACUACCUCCUCUCUUUCAGGGUCUCAUGUUCCUCUUUGUGAGGCCAUCUGGUUUUCGGGGUUGGGGGUUUUUGGGGGUCCACAGCUCUCUCCCAAUAGCGGGCUUCCCUGUAAAGUUAAAGUGUGUUUUAGCGGGGUCAUGCCACUAACUAGCUGACCCCUAAUAGAUUGAAUUAAUGCUGGCAGGGGAGCAGCAGAGCAGAGGGGUCCCCCUCCCUGCUCACUCCUGCAUGUGCGUGCCUGAGUGUGUUUCCAUAGAGAGUAAGGGUGUGAAUAAGGGCGUUAAAAAGUAAGAAAUAGCCCCUGACCUCUCCUCCCUAUCACCUGAGCUGCAGUGGUAGAGGUUAAUCCUUCUCCUCUGUCCGCCUCGGUUGACGUCUUUAUUUAACUAUUGACUUCUGAUUAGUUGGGACCCCCUUUUUCCUCAGCACCCCAUCCCCCUUAAAUCAUCUCGUCUCUUCAGUUAGGGAGGAUUUUUUUUUGCAUAUUUUUGAUUUUAUCAUUUUCUAUCAGAGUCACUUUUCAAGGUUAAAUGGGCCAACAGUUGUGGCAGACUUUUUCUACCCACCAGUAUCAUCAUUUAAUGAUACAGAUAUCUAUUAUCUUUUCUUCAUAUAGCUGUGUAGAUUAUAGUGAAGAAGUAGCAUCCCAUGAUAAAACUGAGCAUGUUCUGAACAAGGAACAAUUCACACAGUUUUUUUUAAAGAAUACGUUUAAAGGUUUGAAACAUGGUUGCGCAGAUAAGGAGAGAGAGAGAGAGAGAGAGAGCUAACAACACAUAUUUUUAUAACGUUGACGUCUGACUUUCUUGAAAUGAGGUGAAAUUUCUGUGAAUGCCUGUGAAUGAUUUUCAAAAGCAAACAAGACCAUCAGAGACAAAAUUACUGAUAUCAAUAUUGUAAUUUUUAGCACUUGAAAUAGAGUUUAGAAGGUGUCAGCCAUGUAGCUCAAGAUACAGCCUUGUUUUAACAUUUAUACAGUCAAAAGUCAGCAGUAUGAAAUAACUUGUGAGAAUACAGUACUUAUUUUUUCUUGGACAAUAUAAGCAAAUACUGCUUUGACCACAGGGGGCGCCAAAAUUGACACACAUUAAAGUUUCUCACAGGAGCUUUAAAGUAAUUUACACCCAAGUUCAGAAGCACAGGCAAUCAUAUUUGGAGGCAGUUUUUGCAACAACCCAAACCGAGGCUCUGUUAAUGCAAGCUCCAGGUAGAGAAAGUGCUGGUACUACCUCUGCCUGCCCUGCCAUGGUAAUAGAGAAACAGGAUCUUACAUAUGACUGUGACGGUGUUGUGAGGAACAUAGUACAGCCCAAAAUGGAAAAAUAAUGUUACACAGUAGUGACAUAAAAGUCAAACAUUCAAAACAUGACAUAUCUCAAGUUUAAUAAUGGCAGUAAGAUUGAUAAUAUUGGCCGCAUUGACCCAAACCCUUGCUGUGUUCCUCUGUGCUCCAAGUAGUAACAAAGCUAAUAGCCGGAUUGUGCAAUAAUGUCAUGGUGUUAUCUUGUUAUCUUAUAAUUUUCAUUUAUUUUCAUAUUAUUAUCAUUUGCAAUGUGUGUGUGCAAUAUGCGUGGGUUGCUUGACUGUGUCUUUGUUAGGUCUAGUACUUUGUGUCACCAGUUGGCAGCUUUAUCUGUGCAGCUCUUGAAGUCCAAGAAAAAUUUCCCUAAGGGGACAACAAAGUAUAUGGUUUCGUGUUGUAUUGUAUCAUAUUUUAUCGUAUCGUAUUGUAUCGUAUCAUAUUGUAUCGUAAAACUGCCUGCCAGCCCUUCCACUGGUAACAAAGACAAGUUGUAUUUUAUAUGAUAGUGCUGUGAAAGGAAACUUGCAGACUUAUAAUUGAUAAUUCCCUUUUGAUAUUGCAUGUCAAAUUAUAUGUUUUAUUGUAAAUAUGUAUAUAUAUUUAAUGCAUAUAUGUGUGUAUAUCAUCAUUAAUCAUGAUAGUAAGCAUGUUGUAACCUACUUCUGAAGUGAUGGCCCAUUAAUGAUCAAACAAUAUGAGCACUUCUUAGCAUCAACACACUGUAAUACAACUUUUAACAGCUCUCCACUUGGUGAUUGGCCACAGCUCAGGUCAUGAAGCCCGCCUCCUCCAUGAUAACAGACAGAACAUGGGUCAAACUAGAAUUAAAAAAAAAAAAAUUUCAAACAUUAUAUUUGUAUUACACUUUGUCCUUGUAAUUCAGAUAUUCGUGAAGUGUUAAUUUUUUUGUUUUUUUAGAGACAUUUGUUUUUAUCAUUAAUUUGAUUGAUUGACAGCUCUGUGGGCAAAUGUAGGCUUCUGCUGCAUCUUUCACCUGAUUAGCAGAGUAGAGCGGGAACAGACAGAGAAAACAUAACAAACACUGACACAGGAAUCACCGAACUUUUCUUUACUGUGAACAUCUGCUUUAAACUGAUGAGGACUGUACUGUCCAGUACAUAUGUCAGCACCUUUUGGGGUGGAGUUUUGGCUUCACUUUUGUACAGUAUUCAACUCUAUUUGCAUACAGUUAAUUGGGGAUGUUGCAGAGUCUGCUCAAGCCAAUGCAUCCUGGGAAUUCUGUUACUUACUAUAUGUAUCAAGACUAGUUGGGCAUCUUGUUAAACUUGGUUGAAAAUUCUCUUAAAUUUCAAGUAGAAAUUCUUUGCAGACAUGGAAGCAUAGAAUUUCAAGGGACCUAAAAGUCCCUGACUGCUUUUGAAUAUUUAGUUUGUUUUCUGUUUUCAUUCACUCAGCCAUUUGUAAUUUCUUGUCCUUUUUAGCGUCUCUGUGGACUCCAUCAGGGACUCUGUUCAUUUGUUCAGGCUCCUUUUUCUUUGUAGCCAUGGCAAAGCUCAGAGUUCUGUAAAAUACAGGGUUUAAGGGCUUUUUUUAAUGGACACUGCCAGUAUUGUAACUAAGAUUCUCUUUCUCCCUCACGAACCGUCCUCCCUCUCCACUCCACUUUUCAUCACCCAUCCUCUCUCUCCCUCUCCAUCCACACUCUUUAUUCUAUUACCAUCCUGUUCUGCUCGCUGGCUUUACUCACCCAAGGUCAGGUCUCUGUAUUUUGGUAGCAGAAUAGUGACUUUAUUUUCCCUGCGCUUGUUCGAUUGCAGUCGCACACAAUGCCGCUGAAGGGGGGAAAACAUGACAACAACCCUGAGGCAACUUUGAGUAUCUGUGGGUUUCAAGCUGUUAACCCUUCUUUUGAUCAGCUCUCCUUCUCCUUUUUUGUGAGCGUCAUUGUUAAUAAUUUGUUGUCCGUUGUGCAGUUGGUGAUGAGAGAAAAAGAAAUAUAUAAAUAAAGACGCAAUGAUAGAGGCAGAAAAAUUGAGAGUGGAGGCCUUGGUGAGAAGGACAGCCUGCCAGUUCAAAUCAAAUAGAUGUUGAUGUUUGAUGAUUGUCAUUGUUCUUCCUGAGCAUUUUUAAUAACAGGGCUGUUUUUUUUCCUUUCAUAUCAGUGUCUCACUUUUACAGAACAGAACUAUUAAUUAAGUACAAAUCGAUUUUCUCCUUUAGAAAUCAGAUUUUCCGUUUCAUACCUCAUUUUUCAUUGAUCCUCUCACCUUGGCUUGUAUUUUCCCUACAGCUUAACUGAUGUUUCCUGAUGUUUUAUUAUAAGCAUCAGAACUGUUUGAUCAACUAUGCAUGCAUGCGCACAGGUGCAUAUUACUAUACUGUAUGUAUUCACAUGAAAAAUAGGCCACCUGCAGACUGAAGGCAACAUUAAAACCUCCUCCCUGACGUGGACAUUUGAAUCCCUUUUUAGUGUUUGUUAUGUUCUCUGCCUCCCCUCUUGAUGUUCUGCCCAUUUUCACAUUUGUAACACACAAAGCUGAAAAGACAAAUGGUUUUUAGAUCUUAUGAAUUACAAUAAAUUCUCAUACUGUCUUCUGAAUGAAGAUAUUAGGGACUUGUCACUUGUCUGAAUAUUUUUGAUGCUACUGUGUUAGGGAUGCAUGAUGAUAUUACAGGCAAAGUAUCUGGACUGACUGUUGAAAGCUUACAGACCCACUUAAUUUAAAAUCAUGUUUUUCUUGUUGUCUACAUGUUCAUAUGGCAUUUUUUUUAUGCUACAGGACAUUGUGAGAGAACUAAGUGAGUAAUUGCAUUUCUAAGCAUUUCUGCAUUCAAAUCACUGGGAACCUUUCACAGACCCAAACUGCAGGCUCAGACACAGUGAGAUUUCCUAUGUCACAAUUCCAAGGUCCUCCCCCAGAGUCCUGCUAUGCAGGCCAAACUUAAGAAAUCGAGAGGACAAUCACCGAACAAGUAUGUGAGUUGGCAGUUUGCAGUGUUCUUAAGAAAGCUAAUUAUGAUAUUAACUUUCAUCAUGUCCCCUAAGACAUUAGUGUUAGAGAGCUGAAUAGCUCCUAUGUUUCCGGUUUCUUAUACUACACCUGUGUAGGUACCAGAUGUGUUCAGGCUGCCAGACUUGCUCGGGCCCAGCACCUAUUGAUGACGUCACGCUAUAUGAUUGGCUGGAAAUUGGUUGAGAUGACGUAGAAGAUUGUGAUUAGUCUGGACAUUGCGGAAGCAGUUUUUCAUGGGAUUGUAGUUCUUCGCAGAAAACAUGGACAGAUUUUACAGAGCUAUCCAACCCUUCUUAUCAAAGGGGACAAACGACAGUCGGACUACCGCCUCUUUUAGGUUGCCAAAGGAAAUGUGGAAUAAAGGCAAAACUAUUAAUUAACGGAGAUCCUGCGCACAUUUUUUUUCUUUUUCCUUUAGAAAAGUUAACAUAUACAGUUAAAGCCAUCUAAAAAUACAGGACAGUAAGUUGUAAUUUUCUGUAUUAUAUGGAGAGAAAAUUUUGAGGUCAAUUGAAUGAACUAACAGAAAUAAAGAAAACUGCGAGGGGCUUUUGACUAAGCACAUUAAAUGGAGCGCAAUGUAGUUUGUCUGAGUGGACUUGCCAUAGUGUGACCUCUUCAACAGAAGCUAGGCCCCGAGCCGAUCUUGUAGCCCGAAGACAUCUGGUUCUUACACCGGCAAUGUUGGGCUACAAGCUAGCAUGAAGAGGAGUGUGCAGAGCAGCGCUGUCUCCGCCCACGACUUUGAGGCGAACUGCUAAUGAGCUACUGGAGCUCUGCAGAAGAAAAGCCCUUGAAAAUGACUCAAGUAACGAGAUUUUGUCUAAAAACUUCAAAAUCACAAUUUAACGACAACUGAGAACACUUUCAGUAGUUAAAAAAAUGAUCGGAGUGGGACUUUAAAGGUUAUAAAACAGAUCAAAACCAAUACUGUUGUCUCUUUUAGAACUAUGUAACCAAAAAAGACCCUUAGCACUCCAACUAUUUCUAUACGGUAAAUUUUACUGGUUUGAGUGUUGGAGCUCCUGUAAGGAGUUUUUUGUGUCAGUAAAAUAGACUGAAAUUCAUAUUUAUACCUUUUAUGUGAUAUUUUUAAACAAACAAAAGGGUUUUUAUAUUCUAAUCUUAAAUGUCUGAAACUAGUACGAGGGGGUAGGUGCCAGCUGAGCAGCUGAAGAAACAGCCCUGUGUUUAUAAUUUCUGCUAAAAAUGUACACAUUAAAUGAUACAUCUGACUGUCAAAAUUCAGCAGGAUGAGUUUUUUUAUUUUAAAACAAUGAUGACUCAAGUAUGUAGAGGAUAAGAUAAGCAGAGACUACUCUCUCCACUGGGUAUGGGUUCUCUGUUUGAAUAGGAUAUGAUCUUUUUUGUUCUGGUGCCCAAGUUACAUGAGAUAAGAAACAACAUGAAAGUGCAUACAGUAGGAGCAAGUAUGUACAUGGCAGUUCAACCACCUCUCUUUUCUGAUUAUAAGUCCUACUGGAUCUGCAGUUUUUUUAUUUAUAUGUUUUAAUGAGUCAUUUUUAUUCAUUUUUUCCAAUUUCUAAUUUGAUUAGAGGUGUUCAUGUGAACCUAACAACAGUUAGUUCAGUCAGAAGUGUGCAUGGACCAUAAAAUCCAGGUGUUGUGGGGUUAAAAAGGAGUGAGCCUAUAAAACCUGUGUUGGUUGCUUCUCCUCUUAGCUUUAGGCUAACUACAUCUAAUCCAAAGGCUCAAAGCUGAUACUAAACUAUAAAUAUGUACAGUACAUUUUGUGGGUGAUGGAAGCACCAGAAUUGAACAGGGAAGAGUAAUAAUGAAUACAAAUACAUACAGAACACACCUCCUAUCAUGAAGGUGGACAAGACCCCGUGCCCGGUGCUCUAAUUCACAUUAGCACCUGCUCGCUAUACAUAGUAAUUGUUAACUGUAGUCUAUUUUAGCCCUAACAAACCAAUCAGUUAGCAUUUAAUGGAAUACUUCUAUGCAACACGCAGAGAUCUCAAACAGGACCAGAGUCACAGGUGGACAGCCAUCUGCCUGUAUGUUAUCCAGACAGUAGCAGUACGCUGAAACUGAUUUUCCUUCAGUCUCAUUGCUGAUAGAGAGCUCUGUUCAGUUCUGCAUCACUAUCAAAACAUGGAGCCUCUGUUGGCCAGGUGCAGGUAGCACAGACUCUACUAAGUGCUGAGAGGGUUGAGUUUUUGGUCCUCAACAGAGCUCAAGAAGGGGUUGAGGGUGGUGGGUCCAGUGGGGUCCUGGAUCAGCAAAGGUGAGGCCUCUGACUCAAAAGAUGUUUCCCCAAGAGGAGCAACCGAGGCAGGGGGAGGUUGUGAGAACGACCUCGUGGAACAAACCACGGCUGGCCCAAGGCGGUCACACUUUAAGGGAAUAGAUCAUUAGGUGUAAUUAGGGUGUUCACAUUGUCAUGUACCCCCCCUGACUGCCCGAGAAUGAAUAAAAUCAGCAGAUACAACCCCCCACACAUACUCACACACACAUAGCAGCUCCCCAGUUAGUGAAAACACUUUGAUGUCAGAAGAGUCGUCCAGAACUUGCCAGCAUAAAGGCAGUGUUUUAAGCUUUCUCUCUUUUCUCCCCCAUCUCUCUCUCUCUCUCGACCCUUCUGUCCCCCCUCCCCUCUUUUCUUCUCUCUCUCCACACAAGGCUGUAAGACACACAUGCUUGAAUGAACGACAACCUUUCCCUCAUCCUCCCCCUCUCUUUCUCUCCCCCCUUCGUCUCUUUUUCAGCCUUCCCACCCUGUGUUUCUUUGAGGCCUGGUCAAUUCUCCAGGCCCAGACAAAAAAAAAAAAAGCAUCAAAUGUUUUCUGCUGCCGGGUAAUGAGGGACUGGACCUCAUCAGGGCCCAAUAGUCAGCUAUCCUUGGCUUUUGUUGCAGCUCAAUGGCACCGCGCUCUUUGAAAAACUCAAAAGCAACUUUUUGAGGAGUAAAGGAUAGAGAGAGAUAUGGCAGGCUCAGAGGGGAGCAGAGGCAGGCAUCGGAUAGAAAAAAAAAGCCACUCUGUUUUUAUGCUAAACGGCCGUCCAGAGGGAGCAGUGGACAGCUUGGACAAUGGCAUGAUUGGAGCUACAUGUGUUUGGAUGACUUUCUUCAAAAGAGACUCUGAUUCUCAUGUCUGUCAUUGCUCUCCUCCCUCCACCCCUCUCGAGUCUUUUAGUUCCUAAAUGCAUCUGGGGAGGUGGUGAAACUCUUAAUUUGAAGGGAGCUGUGUCUAAGUUAUGUUUUUGAGUGAGCUGCACAUAGGACUAGUUCUUACGCAGCAAAUGAAACAAAUACAGCCCAUUGUAAUCAUGAACCAGAGCUGCUGCAACUUGUGAUUAUUUUCCUCAUCAAUCCAAUGCAUCUGUUGCUGUCUGAAGUUUUUUAGAGAGUUAAGUAAAAAUGUCGAGGCAAAAUAAUGGACGGAUGGUCAGUGGAGGCAUCACACUGACAUAUUAAAUGUUUUUCAAUAUGCUGUAGUGCUGUGUUCAAAGUUCAUUGGUGACCCCAUGCCCUGUUGCUUUUGUACUUCAAGCUGUUUAUGAAAUAUUUCUGAAUUUAAAGAUUUUAAAGCUCCUGUGAGGAGUUUUUAAUGUUUAUGAAAUAGACUGAGGUUUGUAUGAAUGCUCAUUGACACAUGACUUACAAAAGCAAAGAACACUAACAGCAAAAGGACUUAUUUUUAACACCCUCAUUUUUGAUGCUUGAAAUGUGUGAGGGUAUGUGUUAGCUAAGCAGCUGACGGAAAAAGCCCUGCUUUUACCUUUUCCAUAUAAAAGAGUCAUGGUAAAUUGUCAAGUUGAUAAGUUAUAAGGGGUUUUGUCAAAAGACACUGGCUAAGCAUAUAAAGGACAAGAUAAGCAAGGGCUGCUUUGUCCACAAGGGGCGCCAAAUUUGACACAAAGUAAAAGUUCCCAACAGGCGUUUUAGAUCCAUGAAGCCCAAUGCCAAAAGAAUAUUAAAAAAUGUCAACUUUUAUUUGAUAUGUUUGUGGACAAUGUGUUUCAGCCUCUAUGUCUGUGUUAGCCAAGCUUGCGUAUUUUAAGCUACAAGUUAACAGCACAAAGAGUGGGGGAUACAAGUUUUAACAGCAAGCAAAGGAGCAUGUAGUUUUCAGGCAUGUGUGGUGUCGCCAUUUAGAAAUUGCAAGAUUAUUUCUUAAAUUGAAUUUCAAUGACAAAUGCCCAACAUGACUUUUUCAUUCUGUUUCACACCCACAUAAAUUCAGUCUACAGCCUCAUUCAAAGCUCCUGGGAGGAGCUUUUGUAUGUGUCAAAUUUUUGCACACCUGUGGACUUGUUUUCUUUUAUACUACACCUACUAUAAUACUGGAUUUUUACUUAACAAUUAUCAUGGCCAUAAAAUAUCAUUAUAACAAUAGUAUCACAAUAUUUUUGGAAAGCUUGAAUAUAAAACGAUCUGUCAAAUUAAGGAUUACUACUAUUAGGGCAGGCAAACACAAAACUUCAUAAACUUAACCAGUAAGCUUAUAUGUUAUCUAUUCUUUAUGAUCCUAUUCAUGAUUUAUCCACAUCACCAGCUCUGUUUUUGAACCAUGUUGGGAGAAGACAUUACCUUAUAACAAUUGUUUGUCAUACUUUGAAUUUAAAUUAUUUUCUGUCUUUUGGCUGCUUAAUUUUUCGCAUGGUAAACUGAACUUUUUUUUAAUAUGAACUACUUCCUGCAUAUCGGCUCAAAUUAAAAGAAGUCAGUUGGCAGACCUUCCUGUGUGCAAAGCAGUCCGUCUUGCCCUGUAGGUGUUCUGAUUUGCAUAAUCACCCACUCACUAUACAUUAUGCCUAAUCCUCUCAUGUUGCCAACUUUUAUGCAUGCAUGUGGGCAGAAUAAGUUGUUUGUCUGUUAAAGCACAUAUGUAUCUCUUGGUUUGUGUCCCAUCAGGGUCUCACUCACCUUGUCGGGAUCUAAUUUGCAUAAACCCCUGUGUGUAUUAUAUUGAAUAGAAAUAUGAGAAGAUUUAUCAUGUCAAAUCCUGUGAUGAUGUCUUUGAGUCCUUUUAAGUAAUGCUGCAAAACCAAAAGCUUUUAAGGUCUGUCAACCUGUUAAAAUUCUUUUACAUAUUUUAAAGGAUAUAUCAGGAAAACAAACCUAACUUAAAGACGAUAUAUUUUAUAUUUCCAUGUGCUCAGUCGGGUGUAUGUAGAAAAAGCUAAAGGCAUAGCCAGAUGUAAGACUGGAAGUUACAAAGUAGAUGGAUAUUAAAGUCUGUGAGAAGAGUGUGAUGAGGGGAGUGAAGGAGGGGUGAGACAAGACCACAAUGUGUGGGCGGAUAAAAUCUUGGAGGAGUGAGAACUUGACGAUCCUCUCAAGAUAGAUAAUCAAGUAAUGACCCGCGAGGCCUGAGUCUCAUCUGAUUAUAAAUAACCAAUGGAAUCAUCAUCUCUGAUUGUGUUUCUAUUCCUCCUUCUCUCUUCUCUCUUAUUUGUACCUCACUCCUCCGUCAGGAAAUUCAGCAGCCUGUUUCUUUUUUAACGCAGGUAGAGAUGGUGCAUAAAGAGAGGGAGAAGAAGAAAGACAAACCGAGAUACUAAUGAUGUGGCCGCCACAGUGACAAGUGUUUUUUUUUCCCGUUUUGGAGGGACUAUUUACCCGUUGGAGGGGUCAUAGUAGGUUGAUGAAAUGACACCUCCCUUUUGUGCGUGGGGGAGGGCGAGUUUGUCAGGUUGUUAUUAAGCCUGAUUCAGCCAAUUGGCUCAGAGUGGGAACCCCGUUUGUGUGAGCGGACAUGGAGAUAAAAAGUUGACAGCGGGAAAGAAUAGAGUAUUUCCGUCCCCUUGCUUUGUGAUGAUUACUAAUUAUCCUGCAGCUUAAGAGGGCCAGUGGCAGAAAUUCACUGAUUUCAUAAUUUUCCCCAGAGCUGUCGUCGAAUACUCAGUCAGCCAGGCGAUGGCUCCGAUGGGAUGAUAUGCAAUUCCUUUCUUUUCUUUGAUAGAAUGGUGGAGAUGAUGAUUAUAGUUUGCGCUGCACUCCCUGACAUGAAUCCUGUUGACGUUUUACACCAUGAGGAAAAGUUUGAACUCUGCGUCGCAAGUUCACCCCUGCUGUAACACACUUGAAUAACUGCAGGAACAAUAGACCGGCUCUAUAAAGCAGGAAGAAGUGACACGAAAUCACAGCGCUGUCAGGAGAGAGAAAGACCUGUCUGCUCUUCUGUUCUGCCUUGUUGAAUUUAUUCACCUGUUAGUCAUUUUCUCAUUUCAUCAUUUCAACUCUAACAGAAGAAAUGAGCCUUAUUGUCUUUUUCUACAAUAUAGAUGUAAAACAGUUUUAAAUAGCCAGAAUCUAACAGUUACACAAUUUCAAGAGGAAAUGCAGCUUAAAGGAUCCUAUAAAGAUAUUUCCCAAAGUGUCAGCUCUAAAACUAACAACAAAUCAAUCAAUCCACCUAUAUCCUUUGUUGAACCAAGUAAAAAACUCAUUGAGAGUGACUCGGCCAAGACAGCAGCACAAAAAAAAAACAGAAUGGUUACAGCAAACACACAAAACACAAAUAAAACACGGUCACACAGUACAGAAGAAACAAGAGUGGGAUUACAUGAUUUUACAGUGCAAUCACAAGAGGAUCCAAUUGAACUUAUUUCGAUGUCUUUUAUAAUUGUCGUUAAUUUCCCUAGAGUUGUCAAAUUCAAGAACUUCUGCAGAUCAUUCCAAGUAGACGAAGCAAGAAACUCCUUUUACCAGGUUCGGUUCUGACUUUCAGGACCUGCAUCUGCAUGUUCUGAGAGUACAGGCCAUAUUGGCUGAGGUUUCUACACGUGUAAACACAAAUAUAUAGGCAGGAGUCCAAGAAUAGAUUUAUAAAUGAUAGUCAGCGGGUGAGAAAGUCUACAAUAUAAACAUACAAAGAUGGACAAUGUGCAACAACAUGUACGGAACAGUGAUGAACAUGAUAACUGCAACCUGUAAUAAAACAUAAGCAUAGGAGUAUUAACUCUCCAAUUUCUUUAAAAAACUGAUCAGGAGCGUUCAUAAUAAGUAGGUCUCAAUAGUCCAACAAAGGUAAAAUAUUUGUGGUGAUCAAAUGUUUUCUGACUUGCUAUGAAAAACAUGAUUUAUUUCUAAAAAGAGACCCAAUUUCAGUUUCAGCUUAGAAAAAAGUUUGUCAAUGUGCAAUUUUAAAGUCAUAUUCUCAUCAAUCAAGUAUUUAUAAGAUGUGACCAUUUUAAUUUCAACCUUAUGAACAGUCCACAACCUUGGAAGGUGAGAUGGAAGCUGCUUGCCAUUUAAAAAUAGCAUGGUCUUUGAUUUAUCUGUAUUCAGCACUAACUUAAGCUGAGUCACACGGGACUGAACAGUGUCAAAGGCUAAAUGCAAGAACUCAAGGGAUUUGAAAGCUGACGAGAUGAACAAUCAAUUACUGGAUCAUCAGCUGAAAAAUGAGACACAGCACCAGACUAAUUCACAUCGAGUAUUCACAUAAAUUGUGGACAACAGUGGCCUUAGUAUAGAUCCUUGAGGCACGCCCAACAGGGAGGAAAUUGGCCUGGACCCACUGUGUUCUAACUGAUAAAUAAUUAGAGAACCAGUUUACAGAAUGGCAUGGUCAACUGUGUCAAAUGCCCUUGACAAAUCUUUAAAAAAAGAGCUGCACAAUAUUUUUGCCUCUAUGAUGUCAUUUACCACUUUAACAGCAGCAGUUACUCUGAAACUGUGCCGUUUCAGAAAAACUUUGUUGUUGUUCACAGACCAACUUUUCUAAAACUUUGGAGCAAACACAAUUUAGAGAUGGGCCUAUAGUUGUUAACUACGGAGGGAUAACCAUCUUUCAGCAGAGGAAGAACAUAAGCAGACAUCUCUGAAUCACAUUUUCAGAAAGAGUAAGAUUAAAAAUAUGAUAAAGAGGUUCUGCUGUACAGUCUGCAGCUGACCUCAAAAAGAAAAGCUUGAGAUUGUCAGGUCAGGUAGGUUUACUUAGAUCCAAAUGCUGUUAAGCUCUAUGGACCUCGGCUACAUGGAAGGAGUCAGAUCAAAUCCUGGAGCCAUAGCAUUAAUAGGUGAUGAUUAAGGGCAAACCCUCUUCACACUAGAUUGCAUGGGGUUUAAUACCAAACACAUCAUUUGGGGGCAAAGUUUUGGAAAUUUGAUUCCAAAUUCCACAUUUCUCUUGAAAUACUAUCAACUGCAUCUAUUUCUAAAACUGCUCCAAUAAACAAAAUUUUAUAAACAAGUUUUAUCUCUGUAAUAAAGUGAUGGUACAUUAAAGCUCCUGUGAGGAACUUUUGAUAUUUGUUAACUUUGGUGCCCCCUGUGGACAAAACAGUCAUGAAAUUUGAGAUAGUUUUAUAGAAGAAGUCCCUUCUCCUGGCAAUGGUUGUGUUUGUUUCUAUAGGUUAUGAGGGGGCAUCAGUGAUGGUGCCAGUCUGUUAUAUUACCAGCUAAAAACUCUUCUUACAAGCUUUAUUUACACAUUUAUUCUGUAAUAAGCUUUGUCAAUAAUAGUAACAUGAAUACUAUUGCUUAUCCACAUCAAUUCCAUGUUCAACAAAUUGUUGCUGUAAACAUGUACCAGAGAAAAAAUAACAACUUGAAAUAAAGUUCCCAAAAAUGCUAAAUUUAGUCUUAUUUUAAAGCUCCUGCGAGGAGUAUUUCUCUGGGUCUCCAUCAUUUACAGAAACAAACAAGUCUACCCGCUAAAAGAAUCACAAUUUCUUUGGUGUCAUUUCGAAUGCCCAGGAGCGGUUAAAUGCCAAACAAGACAUUUACGUCGCAGGGAAGGACACCCACCUUUCUUUUGUCCUUUACAUGAGAAGUAGGAUGGGCUUUUUUUAUAAAUUGAACGUACACUCGUAGGUCAAAGAUCAGCAAAAAAGUAUUACUUGGUCCACAAAAGGUAGAAAAGUUUAUGCAAACAGAAAGUUACUAAUAGGAACCUUAGGUUCAGCAAAAAUUGUGGUCUGCUAUUUUAAGAAAUAAGAUUACAGUUUGGGGAUUAUUUGACUGUUGUUGUUAAACGAGAAAUCUUUCAGUUGGAAUGAACAAGUGUAGGGCCUGUACUUUUGGAGAGAGUUUGGAGGGUAUUGAGUAUCAAAUUAUCAAGAUGCUACUAAUGCAUUGUAAGUGUUUGUCUCUCAAAAAAAGGGCAUGAGUGGUUAAAAGUUGAUUUUGUUUGGCAUUGGUUCAGUUCAGCAGUUUGGGUGAAUCAGAUAUACAGAGGCUGUAGUCCUCAUGCAACAGCUGGGCGUUCAAUUCCAACCUUGUCCUUUUCUGCGCUCUCCUAUCAAUCUUGCUCUAACUUCAGCUGUCCUAGCUAAUGAUUAAUUUAGCACAGUUCUAACAAACAUUUUGAGUUUCAGCAGAUUUAAGAGGAAACAUACAUCAUUUCCAUCACUCCGUUCUAAUACCUUUAAUUGUCUGAUAUUUGAUCAUAUGUCAUCGUUUUCUUACAUGAAUAACAUGUUUGUAUUUGUGAAGAAUUUGCAAGGUUAGCAUAUAUAAUUGCAUAGUGAAAGCAAGGCUAAUAAAGGACCUAAACACGGGUUAUAUCAAUAAUAAUACUUAUUAAAAUACUUUUUUUUUCUAUAAUGCUUUUCAAAAAAAAAAAAAAACAGUAACAAAGUGUUUUACACUUAAAACUGUUAAUGAAGAUCAGUUAGAAUAAGAAAUAAAGCAAUUAAAAUUGGAGUUUUAAGAAAACAAUAUACCAACUAAAAAGCGAAACAAAAAUACAGACACAGAUAAGAUCCAAUACUUAAUUUUUUGAGGCAACAAACAUUUAACAAAGCCAAUGAUUCAGAGAAACCCAAAUGAUAGAAAUGAGUUUUAAGAAACGAAAAGAAAAGAGAACACUGAGUCUGAACUUUUAAUGGCAGUGGAGAAUUUAGGUACCAUGAGUAAGGCCUGUUUGGAGACCCCAGACUGCUAUCAGGCUCAUUGGGAGUUGGCAGCUCACGGAUAUGGUCUGGAGCCAAUUUUAAAAAGAAGCAGUAAAACCUUAUAAUGUAUCGUAAAAAUUACAGGGAGCCAGUGAAUUGCAGUAAGGACAAUAAUGUCGUAGUCAUGUAAUCUUUAGAUUGAACAGAACUUAUUUAAAAUAAUAACAUCACCAAAAUCUUUCAUGUUUUCCCUUUUUUCCCCUUUUUUAUUUUCUCUUUUGCUUCAAUGUCCUUCCUCGCAGACAGAUCUGUGUUUCAGCUCUCUCUCCCAGACAGAUUUUUUAUUAUCACCUCUGUUUUUGUGUGCUUGUGUUUGUUUGUGUGCAGGAGUACUGUUACACCGUCUGCCUGGACUCUGGGAUUGACUACCGCAGGCUGGACAAGGCCGAGGCAGGAAAACUCUGCUACCUGUGAGACACAAAGACACACACACAUACACUAACACAAACACAUAGGCCAACUUGUCUUCAAGACUUUGCGGCGCUCUGAUAGGGAGCUGUAACCAACCUGUACGUACACACAGGCAGAAAAUGUUUGUGCACAUCAUGAAGGACAAACAGAAAAGGCAACAGAUUGAUAAAUGGGAAGAGGCAGACAAGACCUACAUUACCUUGAGAGAUCCAUGAAAGCCUGAUAGCAGAAUCAAUAGAAUAUGAGAAAAUGGCAGAGCUUGAAAAGCUAGUUUCCUAUUUUGCUCAUUACUUAUACGCCGUUAUGAACACACACAUGCAGACAAACAAGGUAUGAAUGACACUGCUGUUGCUCAUCGCUAGAUUGGAGCUUUCAAGUGCUUUCGUCUUUUCACUGUAUGUAAAUAGACACACUGCACCCUUUUACCCGGAGUUAAAACAUGAGCACACACACAGACACAGACACACACACUUCACAAUGUCAUUUUGCGUGUAUUCACGGACUAAUGCUCAUGUUUAGAGCCCAGCAUCCUGUUUUUUACUGAUGAAGUGAAAAGCUAAGUACCCCCCCUCCUGAGCACUCCUCACUGCCACCGUUUGAUGUGGCCACUUCAACAUUAUUAAUUUCAUAUCCUAUUUUGUCUUUUCUGUGUCUUUGCCCGUGUGUGUGUGUGUGUGUGUGUGUGUGUGUGUGUGUGUGUGUGUGUGUGUGUGUGUGUGUGUGUGUGUGUGUCUAAUUCAGAACCGGGGAACCUGGAGCUGAGGCCUUCCUGGAUGCUCUGUUUGAGGAGCUAGCCUCAACACAAAAGAGCGGUAGGAAAUGUUUAAGAUAAUGUGUAUCCAAGUGACAAAAGUUAGCUUCCUUUAAUAAAUGAGUCAUUUUAGCUUGUCCAUCAAGUUGAAAAGAUAUAUUAUUCAGGCAGCAUAGGUGAUGGUCAAAUCUGUGUUAAAUAAUAUACUGCUGGAUGUUUGUUUCCAUAGUGACAGGCCCUCGGGUGCUCACAGUGCUGGGCAGAGAUGUGACUCUGGAGAAGACAUGUGGCUCUAUCGCUGACUGUACUUUUGAAGAGCUGUGUGGUCGAGUAAGUUGUUGUUUUAUUUUUUACUUUAAUUAAAUGUGCGUUUACAUCUUUCCAAACCCUCAAAAUCAAAGUUUGUUGUUUUUAUUUCAAAGAAAAUCUGAAUUAAUUUUAAGUCAGAAAUUAUUUGACAGAUUUUCAUUUUAAAAGAAAGCAAAUACAGACUCGAACCACAGAUAUCCCACUCACACAGAAUCUUUUUUAGUCUGCGUGAACACGUGAACGCCUCCAGUCUGUCUCUGACUCACAGGUACACACACAUCCAGAAACUCAUACAGUACACUCUUACCCACAAAAUCCACUCACUGCUAAUCAAAACUGCUCAAAUUCAAAGCACUCCUCCUGCCUCUUUAUUGCCUCUGUGUUCUGUCUCUGCCCUCCUCUGUGUACUUAUUGUCCUGGCCUUUGCUCUCAAACUGAAUCACCUUCCCUCCGUCUCGCUCCUAUUUUCCGCUCAAUGUCAAAAAGCAAGUCUAUUGAGGAUUUUGUGAAUAGUUGAGCCUGUUGUGCCUCAAAUAAAGCAGUGUGGUAUAGUAUUCUGCGGCGGGCUGCAAACUCUGAAGCCUGAUGGACAGCGGUGAGCUUUUGCAGGCAUCCCAGCUUCAAGGCUUUCCCUCCCAUCUGACAUAUGUUGGCACGUUCACUUCAAUUUUGAGAGCAAUCAUCCUGAAUGGCAAAGAACCAAGGACAGGUUCUGAAAUGACAGUCUGAGACAAACAUACAGACUUCAGCAUCCAUAGUGUGUGUGUGUGUGUGUGUGUGUGUGUGUAAAUGUGUAUGUGUGUGUGUUUCUGUGUUCAAAGCUGUAGAUUUAGAUUUGGAAGCUGAAGUUUACUCUUAGCUUGUUUUCCAGGCUCUGGGUGCGAGUGACUAUCUGGAAAUGGCUCGGCUCUUUGACACUGUGUUCAUCCGUCAUGUUCCUCUGCUGACACUGACGCUGAAGGACCAGGCCAGGCGCUUCACCACUCUCAUAGACAACUUCUUCGACAACAAGGUACACUGUCUUUUUGCUGAAACAGAGAAAGGGGUUUGUAAAUUGUCAAUUCAGUCAAUUCUUAAUACUGUCAAAAACACAACUGAUUAAUGUUUGUAAUAAUGUCUUUGUUUCAGACAUGCACAUUCAAAACAGGAGUUAAUACAAUAUAGAUAACAAUAAGAAGAGAAACUGAAACAUCUUAAUUUAUUUGAGCAAAAUAAAGUAGGAAGAAGUAUAAACCUAUUUAAUCCUAACCCUGUAAUCAUCCUGAGACUGUUUUAUACUUUUACUUUAUAUUGUCAUCAUUAUAUUUAUAUUUAAUAACUUUGCCCUCUGUGAAUAUUACUAAUAUAGAUGCACUGCAAACUAUCCAUAUACACAACUAUAAACAUGCUUUCAUAUUCAUAUGCAUUCUUAAAGAAUAAAUCUCCAUGUAUACACGUAGCUAAACCACCUGUGUAUGAAUAUGUGUUAACCCCCGGUGACUGUCUGAGCCUUCCUUCCAUCUUCUCCUUUUCUCUUUUUAACUAUUAUGUAUUUUUUGAUUAUGUAUUGACAUUGUUUUAGCUCCAUAUUCAGUCAAAAACUUUUCUUUGUUUCAAAAAUGCGGAAAAUCAGUUUAUGCUUAGAAUACAAAGAAAUGUACCUCAAUGUUUCAGGUGAGGGUGGUGCUGCUGGCGGCAGCUCCGGUAGAGCAGCUGUUUGUCCACAGUGGAGGGGAGGACGAGAGGGAUCGACAGCUUCUGGAUGACCUUGGCCUCAGUGGGGUAAAAAAUCACAUCCAAUGCAUCAGAAUACAAAAACUUCAAAACAGCCAUAAUUUCUUAUUAAUGAUGGAAGAAUACAGAUUUAAUACAAACAGAUCAAUAAGCUGACACUACAGUUCUUCUCAGAGUAAGCUGAUCUUCUCUUUAGAUGAGAACCAAAGAGUUUUCGGUUACACUUGACGCAUAUCUCUAUAUCACAUUAUAAAAAUGCUUUAUAAUGUGUUAUAAUCAUGUUAUAGCACUGUAUAAGUAUAGUUAUAAACACUCAGAAAUGAUUAUAAUGCUUUUUAGCAAUAAUCAUGACACAUUAUAAAGCAUUUUAUCAUGACUUACAAGGUCAGGUAUAAUAAAGCCUUAUGAUAAUCAAUGAGUGUUUAUAAUGAUAGUUGUUCAAGUUUAUAAGCAAAUUAUAACACAUCUUAAAUAUACGUAUAAUGUAUUAUCUAUGUUGGCAUUGUCAGUGAGUUGUUAGCAGUUAUAACACAUUAUAAUACCUGACCUUGCAAGUCAUGAUAAAAUGCUUUAUAAUGUGUUAUGAUUAUUGCAAUAAAGCAUUAUGAUCAUUUAUGAGUGUUUUUAACUAUAGGUAUACAGUGCUAUAAUGUAAUUAUAAUGCGUUAUGAAUGUAUUUAUAAUGUGUUACAGAGACAGGCGUCCAGUUAAGUGUUACCGAGUUUUCUAUUGGUUUGCAGAUCAUAAUACUGAUGAAGUAGCAACACUAAACCUGAAGUACACCAUAGUUAUAGAGCAAAAAAAGUUAUGGAAGAUUCACAUUAUUGGCUUCUUGGCCUUUAAUUUUGGUUUUACAAGCUUUAACACAGAUUUCAGGCCCCAGAUUAAAUUUCUUGUGUCACACUGUAUGUUAAUUAUAUAUACAUGUGUCAUAUUGUGGCUUGACAAAAUUCAGAUAAAUGUUGGGAGAUAGUUUUACUGUUCCCACCACAGCUGCUUUUGCUGAUAAACAUCAUCAUCAAUUCAUAAAUUUGUGAAACUUAUUUGCACAUAUUUCAAUUUAAUCCUUACAGGGCAGUUUGUUGAAGACAAUUUUUUUCUGAAGACAGUUUUACUUCCAUUUGUCUUGUUAUUUAUUUCAUAUUACAUAACCUGAUUUUCAGCAUCUGACUAUUUUUUACACUGGGAAGUGUAUACUAAAAGGUCCUUCGAGACAUUCAUGUAUGUCAAUUUUGCCCUACUGUAUUUCUUUUUUCUUUGCUGAUUUUGUGCUGUACGUGACUGUGAAGAGUUUUCUGACAAAAAAUCAUCCUACUUUCUUUUAACAGUCAAAUAUACCACUCAUUGUGGAAAAAUGUGCUGCCAAAAAGAAAGUUAAAAAAAAAUUUACUGCCUGACAGCAGUUACACACAUCAAAAGUUAGUGUAGAAAUUCACAGAAACAUUACUAUGAAUUUCACAACCAGUUCAAAACUCUUCAUAGGAGCUUUAAAUAAAAGUAGAACUAAAUCCCAGCGUGCAGAUAGAAAUAGAAGAGUGAAGUUCAGAUCAGACCUGCAAGUUUGGGUAUCAGCAGGCAUCUUUAUCCUGUGCUCUAAUAUUUACCCUCUAAAACAAGUGCACCUCACUUUGUCAUCUCCUAAUCUUAUAUUGUUGGCCUCCUCCCUCAGGAUGCAGCAGAGCGUCUGACUUUGUUCACAGCUGAGGAGGAGAUCUUUGCCUUCCAGAGGACAGUCUCCAGACUGACUGAAAUGCAAACAGAGGCAUACUGGAUGGAGGGAGACCGCAGACACAGCAAGAAACACAUGAAGACUUAACAUUUACUUCAGAGCGAUUCAUAAACAUAUACCUCUACACAAUGAAAUACCUCAUUGACUCCUGACACUGCUUAAGAAACACUCCUUUUGAACAGAACUAGAGAAGAUCAGGUGGACCAUCUGAUAUCUACAAGACUGUAAGUAUACUGAACAAGAUACCUCUUUGACCUCUCUGCGUCUGAUGCAUGUCAGAGUUUUCUUGUUGGAUCCUGCUUUAGGAGGUGCGCUCUCUCCCCCUUGUGGACCAUUUAGUUUAAAGAGCAUGGAAACCUCUUCAGCUUGAGUGAAACACAGGUGUGUACUUCAGGGAAAGAUGGAGGGCCAAGUGUCUGUUAGAAUAGUCGAAUACUACCCUCUAGUGGGCGAAUGUGGAAAAGUUUUCUCAAGCGCUUCCUGUCUUUAUGAAACAUCAUCUCAAUGGGAAAAAAAGAGUAAAUAACACUCAUACAGUAUAGAACCUGGUUCAUAUGUAGAACUGGAUGGGUCAUUUUAAUAUACGGGUUAACCUAAUGCAUGAAGUGAGAAAUAAAGAGGUAUCUUUACGUUUCAAACUGUGAAAUUUGUCUUUUUGUUUUUCAGGCCUGUCAGCUGUUAUUCUAGUUCUGUUCUUAUUAAGAUUGUACAUAUGUUUCAAUCAGAGAAUGAAUAUUUCCUUAUACUCUGAGUUUUAUUUUAAUGAAUUAAUAAAGAUGAACUUUAAUUUAUGGGGAUACAAACCCUUCAAUACUUGA